GGACGUCCUCUGCGGACAGAUCCAGUGUCAGGGGGGUACGGAGCGCCCCCUGCUGGGCAGCAUCGCUCAGAUCCUCACCGUCCGCUUCAACAACAGCGACCUGGUCUGCAGAGGGACCUUCUUCCACCUGGACGACGAUGUGUCCGACCCUGCCACUGUGGCCCAAGGCACGGCCUGCGGGCCCGGGAAGGCUUGUUUAAACCAGAAGUGUGAGGACGUGUCGGCGUUCGGCGUGGACGAGUGUCGCAGGAAGUGCAGCGGUCACGGGGUGUGUAACAGUAAUAAAAACUGUCACUGUCAAGUGGGCUGGGCUCCACCGGACUGCCAGUACUCGGGUCAUGGAGGCAGCGUGGACAGCGGACCGGCCCGAGCCUCUGCAGAGUCGGAUCCGGUCCAAGCUGCCCUGCUCGUCAUCUUCUUCUUCAUCCUGCCCGUGGUCCUCCUCUUCCUCGCGCUGCGGUUCCCUGGAGUCCGUCAGAAGUUCUGCUGCCUGGGACCAAACAGCCCGUUCCAUAAGGCCCGGCAGAACAACCGGACUCCAGUCAGAGAGCGAGUGGACGGCAGGAACGGAGACCAGGUCCAACCUCUGAGAUACCACCUGAACCCGCAGCUGGACGUCCCUCUGGCUCCGCCCCAGAAAGAGGUUCAUGACAGACCUGCUCCUCCCACUAAGCCCCUCCCCCCUGACCCCGCCCUAAACCCCUCUCCGCAGCUGCUGGUGAGUCGACCAGCUCCGCCCAACAAGCCCCUCCCCCCUGACCCCGUCACACCUGCUCAGGUUUCUGUUCCUCUGAAACCUGUGGUGCCCAAGAAGCCACGCCCCCAGGCCACGCCCCUUAACCCUUACCCUCCACCUGCCUGCUUCACCUCCAACAGCAAACCUGCCGCACACAGAGCCGUCACACCUGCAACCGGCCCACCUAGAACCGGUCCACAAGCAGCCGGCCCACCUAGAACCGGUCCACAAGCAGCCGGCCCACCUAGAACGGUCAGACUGACUGAUCUGGUCCUGAAGGGUCAGACUGAGACUGAUCUGGUCCUGAAGGGUCAGACUGAGACUGAUCUGGUCCUGAAGGGUCAGACUGUGACUGAUCUUGUCCUGAAGGGUCAGACUGAGACUGAUCUGGUCCUGAAGGUUCAGACUGUGACUGAUCUGGUCCUGAUGGGUCAGACUGAGACUGAUCUGGUCCUGAUGGGUCAGACUGUGACUGAUCAGGUCCUGAUGGGUCAGACUGAGACAAAUCUGGUCCUGAAGGAUCAGUUGGUCCUGUCUGAUCGAUCAGAGACCACAGUGAUCUGGUUGAACUGGAUCAUGGUUCUGUGGUGUUUUAGGGUCAGGUCUGAGUCCCUCAUCAUGACAGUCCCUCUGCCGUGCCUCACAGCUGAAGUUUGA